AUGAACAAAGCUUUAGUUCUUUCUCUCUUCUUGGGAUUAUCUGCUGCUAAUUUCAAUCAAGGUUGGUUCUAUCCAAACAGUGAUGGAUCUUACGAAUCAAUCCUCAAUGAAGACUUCGCCGGAUUAGCUUACAAACUUCAAGCUGAUGCUGGAUAUGGUACCAUUUACUACACAGUCAACAGCCCAGACGGUAAAAGUAAGAAGGAAGCUUAUGGACUCAAACUCUACUCCAUCGCAAUCGCUCACGCUAAGGUCCAUCUUGCUAACUUCUGGCAUCAAGAAUGGGCUUUCGAUUUCAUUCCAGCCUAUUUCGAGCCAUACACCCAAGGUAUCAGCUGGGUUAGACCAGAGUCUGGAGAUAAAUUCCACGUCUCUGUUAAAGGAGAAAAAACCCUUAGACUCUUAGAGUUCAUUACCAUCUAAAAGGAAAAUAUGGAAACAUUUGAGACAUCAAUCGUAGACUACAUUGAAGACGACUCUAAUAACUAUUCUAUCUAUCCUAAACAACUUGUCGAAGAUGAAGACUAUGUCGAAGAAUAAUAAGACGCAUACUGGUUUUACAAUCUUGCACUUAAACUCAAGCUAGGAGAUUUCUUGACUAAUGCUAACAAACCUUGGUACGGCUGGAAACAACUUUUCUGA